AUGGUAGGCGAAACGGGUCCUGUGGCUCUAUCGCGGGCUAAGUCCAUGCUCAUCGCGGCCUUCUUCGCUUUAUCCUGCUACAAUGUGCUCGAAAUCAGCAUCACCAUAUUCUCCACGUUCAAGCGUCGUCGGGGGCUAUACUUCUGCAGUAUGUUGGUCGCCACCUGGGGGAUCCUGCUGCACUCGAUCGCUGUCUUCCUGCGAUUUUUUGCCCUGGCGCCCAAUUUCCCCAUGUGCGUCUUGACGGUCCUCGGAUGGUACGCCAUGGUCACCGGACAGUCCGUGGUGCUAUAUUCGCGUCUACAUCUGGUCAGCGGCGAUACGCGUUGCGCUCGCUGGGUGUUGUAUAUGAUUAUUAUGAAUUUCUGUAUCCUGCAUAUCCCUGUCACGAUCCUGUUUUUGGGAAGCAACCUUGACGACCGUCGCUUUGCUGGGCCGUUUAAUAUCUACGAGAAAAUUCAGCUGGCAGGGUUCUGUAUUCAGGAGAUUAUAAUCAGCGGGUUGUAUAUCUGGGAGGCAUCCACCGCGUUACGGCCCGUGCUGGCAGUCAAAGGAAAAGAGGGCCAGUAUGUCUGGAUGCAUCUGAUUCUGGUCAAUAUCGUUGUGAUUCUCCUGGAUGCGUCGCUCCUCGCUACGGAGUAUACCAAUAACUUCGAGGUGCAGACAACGUACAAACCAGUGGUGUAUAGCAUCAAGUUAAAGAUGGAGUUUAGCGUGCUCAAUCGCUUGAUCAGUGUGAUCCGAACAGGUCCCUCGAUAGACGACUGUGUGGUCACCCCGGAUGAACAUGCAUAUUCCCGCCACGGUUCCGGCCGACCGAUUCGAAACGAUUCCGUACUGCUUCUUAACUGCGACGGCGAUGGCGCGCAGGGUGAUUUGGGAUUGCCCGCUGCAUACCAGCAUCAGCCUACUGCUCCACUUCCUCCAAUUGGCGACGAUUCAGCGCAGAUUUCUUAUCCGAAACCGCUACACAAGGGCAGAUGA